AUGUCCAAAUGUUGUUUAACUCGAUGUCAACAAGAUCGAAAAAUAAUUCGACGAGAGUUCAGUAGAUGGUCAAAAAAUAUUCUUCUACAAAUAGCUUUAGAAGCAAUAUCAAAGGAUUAUUUUCAAUAUGAUAUCAAUACAUUUACUCCAACGAAUGAUGAACAGAUUCCAACUGAUUUCAAUCCAAAUGAAAGCUGUUUAUUUUGUAUAAAUUAUGAAGAAUAUUCUUUAAAUAACAAUAUCAAUCAAGAUAAUACCCAUUUUUCACUCAUUGAAAAUACGUCUCCAUUAGAUUUAAGUUUAACAUCAGCAUUAAAUCUUAAUUUUCCAUUUUGGUUUGAUCUUAAUCCAACUAUUCUUCCAAUAUAUCAUCAAGAUGAUUACUUAUUAACUAAUCAUAGAAAUUCAAAUUAUCUAUCACAAUCAUUUUCAAAUUUGAAUCCUUUUCCAUCAUCAUCAUACCAGACAACUUCUUUACUAGAUAACUAUAUUGCUCAAUUAGCGAAACAAAUGGCUUAUACGAGAAUGUUAGAAGAAAUUGAAUGUCAGCGAAACAAUCAAAAACCGAAUUUUUUUCAUUCAUCAUCAAUUCUAACAGAAUCAAUGAAUGUUAAUCAUAUACUUCAUGAUAUUAUGAUUCGUGUAUUACAUGAAAUAUUUGAAAAACAAACUAAUAAUGAUGACAAUUGUCUUAUGAAGAAACAAUAUCAGGAUAAUAAUCAAUUUAAUCAGUCAAUAUCAAGUUCUUCUUCUUCAUCAUCAUCAUCAUCAUCAAGUACAUCUUCAACAUAUUUAUCAUCUAUUCAUGACAAGAAAAAGAAUAAAUUUCAAUUAAAACUAUCAUCUACUUCUAUAUCUAAUCGAAGAUCAAAAGAUCGAUUACACAAUAAUAAAAUAAUUAUGGAUAUAGAUGGAAAAUCAAUUCGUCCGAAACGUGGUCAAUAUCGUCGUUACGAAUCUGAACAAUUAACAAAAGCAGUUGCAGCUGUACUAAGUAAUGAAAUGUCAGUACAUAGAGCUGGAUCAUAUUUUGGUGUACCACAUUCAACAUUGGAAUAUAAAGUAAAAGAACGAACUUCUAAAGUAUCAACAACAAUGAUGGAUAAAAUUAUCGAUAUCAGCUCAUAA